AUGUCUGAUAGCUCAAAUAAAACGAAACAAGAACUCCUAAAGCGACUUAUAGAGGACGAAGGAGAGGAUGAUGAAAUAAUGUUGUUCUUACUCUCAUCAAAUAGAAAUAAAAUAAAUUUAUUAUAUACAUCAAGAUAUGAGGAAGGCAGCUAUCAACCAAACCAAACCAAAGCUAUCAGCUGCCGGCGUCGUGCGCCCACCACGCCCCCGGCCGCGCCGCACUGUCGCGUGCUUCGGAAAGCUGGCUCCCGCUAUGAACAGGACAAUGAUCUUGGCGCUACCCACUUCAUACGGGCAAUGUCGGCGUCAUCGGGAUGCGCGUACAGUGGUUUCGGCAAGAUGAGACUGUUGCAUCAGCGCGGCGCCUUCCUGACCUGCACCUCAGAUCGUCAGAGCGUUGCAUUCACUUUGCGCUGCACGCUGGACGACUUCCCAGAGUUAAAACACUAUCUGCUGGACACAGCAGUCAGAUGCUGCUUCUACGAAUGGGAAGUCACCGACAUUAAACCUUUUAUAAAAGACAAUCUCUUGAGGAUCAAUCCUGAACAGCGUGUUAUGGACCUCCUCCAGAGAGCUUUCUGGGCUGGUCCACUUGGCAACUCGGUGUUUUGUGAAGAGUCCAGGGUUGAUGGCAUGCUGGGGAUCUACUUAAAGGAUUUUGUGAAGAACUUUAGAAGCGAUAGCUGUUCUGUUACGAGCGUGGGAUUGCCCUAUGAAGAGACUUUGAAAUUGGCGGAGAAGAUCGAAUUUAGCCAAGAUAAAUCUUGCGCUCGUGAAAUCGUUGCUUCAUUUCCACGCGCCGGCUUUGAAUAUUAUGACCUAGGGCGUGACAGUGACGUCUGGAUUGCUGUGGCGGUACCGGGCUGCGGGGCGAGUGAUAUCCGGUAUAUUAGCAAAAACACGCGCCUGUUCCGCUGGACAGGUGGCGUGUUUGGCUGCCAAGUUCCUGUCAAAUGUUGA